AUGUCCUUCACCAACACCUCUCCCAAAACAUAUCCAACUCGUGGUUCGGCCCCGUCUUUGGGAACCAACCCGAUUUCUUUCUUUGCUCCGGCGGAGGGAGAUGAUUACUUUGGUCUGGAUAUGGCGACGACAACAGUUGCGCUUGGGAAAAUUGAAGUUAAUCAACGAAGAGGCAUCCCAAUUCCAGACGGUUGGGGAACGAACAAAGUCGGCGACGUGACAAACGACGCAAAUCUGUGCAUGAAAGAAGGCGGGCUCCUUCCCCUUGGCGGAACUGAAGAGACAGGGGGCUACAAAGGCUUUGGCUUGUGCAUGAUGGUCGAGGUGCUUUGCGGAAUCCUGGCGGAUGGGAAAUAUGGAUCGAAUGUGAGAAGAUGGGGUUUUCACGGGGAAAACGACGAGGAAGCGAAUUUGGGGCAAUGUUUUAUGGCAAUUGAUCCAAGCUCUUUUGCUCCGGGCUUUGAAGGUCGAAUGUCAGAUUUGAUGAAAAUGCAUCGCGAUUUGGAGCCGUCCCCAAGCGCCAAGGGACCGGUCCUGGUCGCGGGAGAUCCGGAGAGGAUUCAUAUGAAGCAAACUGAUGAACAAGGAGGAAUCAAGUACCACAAGCAAAUUAUCGAGCACUACAACGAACUUGCGGAGAAAAUCGGCGUCGAAAAGAUUCCUUUUGAAAUUUCUCAAUAG